GCCCGGCAGUCGGAGCGGCGGCGGUGACGGGGCAGGGGCCGCUUCGGGGCCGGGGCCGCGCGAGGGCGUCCGUCCCUGAGGCUCCGCCAGUCCGCACUCACUGUCCCAGGCGCGCAACGUCCGCAGGUAUGGUGGUGGUGGCCCAGACCCCGGCCCCGGCCCCGGCCGCGCCCCAAGUGCUGCUCCUGUCGUCCGGAAAGCCCCCCGGGCCCGGGGCCGCCCCCGCGCCCGGCCGCGCCCUGCCCCUCGUGCUGCCCCCGAGCCCGGAGGCGACGAGCGGGGCCCCCGGCCCAGGCCCCAGCCCCGGCUCCGGCUGCGGCCAGAGCCCCGCCCGCAAGCGGCAGCGCCUCACGCACCUGAGCCCGGAGGAGAAGGCGCUGCGCAGGAAAUUGAAAAACAGAGUAGCCGCACAAACAGCUCGAGACAGGAAGAAAGCCCGAAUGAGCGAACUGGAGCAGCAAGUUGUGGACUUGGAAGAAGAGAAUCAAAAACUUUUGAUUGAAAAUCAGCUUUUGCGUGAGAGAACCCAUGGACUUGUGAUUGAAAAUCAAGAGUUAAGACAGCGCUUGGGGAUGGAUGCCCUAAUAACCGAGGAGGAAACAGAGUCCAAGGUGAAUGAUGUCCGGUCGGUGGCCGGGUCUGCUGAGUCCGCAGCGCUCAGACUACGUGCAUCUGCAGCAGGUGCAGGCCCAGCUGUCACCCUUCCCGAACACGUCCCUGUGGAUUCUGACGGUGUUGACUCUUCAGACUCUGAGUCUGAUAUCUUGUUGGGCAUUCUGGACAACCUGGACCCAGACGUGUUCUUCAAGUAUGUUAGCACAGAGUACUGCCUGGAGGAGGAGCUCAAAGAGGUGGGUGCCCAAGAGCCCGACUCCCUACCAGCCUCCCCGUCUCCUUUGGUGGGGCCCCCAUCAGCCAAGCUGGAAGCCAUUAAUGAACUGAUUCGGUUUGACCACGUGUACACCAAGCCGCUCAUCUUGGGGAUUCCCUCGGAAGCAGAUGCUCAAGGCAGCGUGGUGGUGAAAAUUGAGGAAGCCUCCCUCUGCUCCCCACCCGAGCCGCUCCCCGUGUCUGUGAAAGAAGAACUCAUCGAGGACGGCUUCAUCCCAGAGCUUGGUCUCGAGAACCUGCUCUCCUCCAAGUCUUCUCCCUGCCUGCUGGAUGCUUGUAGCGACUCUGGCUACGAGGGUUCUCCUUCCCCUUUCAGUGCGAUGUCCUCCCCCCUUGGCACAGGCCACCCUUGGGAGGACACUUUUGCCAAUGAACUCUUUCCUCAGUUGAUCAGUGUCUAAAAUAGUAUUGUUCACUUGUCCAGAUCAUCGUAGCACACCCACAGUUUGAAGGCAGUGCAUGGCCUCAGCGGUGGUGAAGGCGGCCACUGCCUAGGAUAAUUGAUUUCUGGAGCAUUAUGGUCCACUGGCCAGGCUUUGCUAGAGCGUCUCAAGUAUUGUCCUUAGCCAGCACUUGGCAGCCGGAAGUGAGGUUGGACUCACCUUGUCUUUUUGAUAUCCUGCCACCUGAGUAAGAUAGGAAGUUAAGGUCCAAUUCCUUAGCUUUUUUCUUCCCUUCCUGUUUUGCUACAUGUUGACUCUUCAUUUAGUAAAGUCCUUUAGUUUGCUUGUAUAAGCAGAGAAAUUAGCUGUUGGAAGGGUUUGCUUUUCCAUGUGUACAGUCGGAUAAUGUGAACAUUAGAAGAAAUCUCUUGUGAAGUUAUAGAAAUUUACUGUGUAAAUGCAUCAUGAUAUGAACUCUUUCAUGUGAGCUUGGCUUUGGGGAGGUGCUUUCUCCAUUUUAUUUAAAACUACCCUUGCAAUUAAAAAGUGCAAUGCCA